CCCAAGCUCUCACCGCAACCAACACCCAGCCGCGCUACAACAACAGGACAAGCAACAAUGACCCGCAAACGCAGCGCAUCCAGGAGGUCAUCUGGCAGCUCCUCUAACUCUAGCUCGCACCUCGCCCGCGCUGCGCUCGAAGCUAUCCAGCGUGUCUACACCUCCCGCAGCGUGCAAAUAUCUCCUUCCGCUUCCCCAACAUCGACCACCCGAGAAAGCUUCGAGCCCGCCCCUUCCGACACUCUAAGCUCCAUGCACUCAUCUAGCAGCACGAUCACCCCACCAGCCGGGUAUCCUACUGCACAUCACCAAACAGCACCCGCACCCACGGAACGUACACCUCUCCUCUCCACCUUCUCCCCCGUGGUUUCCCCCCUUGGCCCCUCCAAGUCCUUCUCUCCCGGCCACACGCACCCUCCCGAGCCGUUCCCGGAUCUCGAGCCCGGGCCUGGCUCGCCCUCAGACAGCAGCUACGAGGGGCUCGACGUCUUUGGGACGCAUCAGCCGCGGCGGCGGUGGGAUCUCGGAGCGUCUGGCGGUGGCGGAGGGCAGCUGCGGCAGAACAAACGGUGUGAGGCGUGGGAUGCGUGUUUGCUGAUUUACUUCUUUGCGGUGUUUGUGCUGGUUACUGUGGGGGGCGGGGCGGUGUUGUUUUGGGUGCUGUUGCAUCAGAGCUAGGGGUCAAGUAUGGGUGACGGCCUGGGAUGGAUUUGCUGCAUAGGAUACAGCAGUAGCAGGUAAUGUCAUAAUGCGGAGCAUCAAACCUCUGGACUUUCCGGCUUGCAGCGUGGUCAAAGACGGAGAUCCAGCUUCGGGCUGACCGCGGGAGUCACGUCACGCGACAACGUGGAUUCCAGCAUCUGUCCUGCCC